ACAGACUGGAGAGGCGCAGGGACGGGCAGGAUUCUGUUGUUUUCGCAUUGCAAAAGCCUCCCCACAUAUGUAGUCAUUUCGAUGCAUGUGUUGCUGUAGACCUAAUGCUAGAAAACCUAAUGGAUUAGGCCGCUUUGUCCACGUGGCUCCGUUGUGCUCUGUGCUAAGCAAUGUGGACCCAAUAGAGAACUGGACACAGUGACACAACAGCGUCCCAUAGACAGUAGAGAAUGGGCUGUGUCCAAUGUAAGGAUAAAGAAGCAGCCAAACUCACAGACGACAGAGAGACCAGUCUCACCCAGAGCUCGGGGUACCGCUAUGGAGCCGACCCCACGCCUCAGCACUACCCCAGCUUUGGGGUCACCACCAUCCCCAACUACAACAACUUCCACGCCGCAAGCACACAGGGGGUGACUGUCUUCGGAGGGGUGCACACAUCUUCACAGUCCGGGACACUUCGAUCCCGUGGAGGGACAGGAGUCACUCUGUUUGUGGCUCUGUACGACUAUGAGGCAAGGACAGAGGAUGACCUCAGCUUCAGGAAAGGAACCGUUGUGGGGUUGAUAAGAUAGGGAUAGGCUUAUUAGAACGUUGAGGGGGAUUGGUGGGAGGCUCGUUCUCUCACUACGGGUGGGACUGGUUACAUUCCCAGUAAUUACGUGGCUCCAGUGGACUCCAUCCAGGCCGAGGAGUGAUACUGGAACAAAACACAUGUGAAAACAACACUACUUCCCCUUCAGCCCCCACACACACACACACCCCACACACACGCUCUGAUGUAACUGUGGGACCAUGUGUCUGGGUCAGGGGCCUUCUCACUGUCCAUCCAGGACUGGGAUGACAUCAAAGGAGACCAUGUGAAACACUACAAGAUCCGCAAGCUGGACAGUGGCGGCUAUUACAUCACCACCAGGGCCCAGUUUGACACUCUGCAGCAACUGGUGCUUCACUAUUCUGCCAGAGCAGCGGGGCUGUGCUGCCGCCUGAUCGUGCCCUGCCACAAGGGCAUGCCCCGCCUGGCCGACUUGUCCGUCAAAACCAAAGACGUGUGGGAGAUCCCGCGGGAGUCGCUGCAGCUCAUCAAACGUCUGGGCAACGGGCAGUUUGGAGAGGUCUGGAUGGGCACGUGGAACGGCACCACCAAGGUGGCGGUGAAGACCCUGAAGCCGGGCACCAUGUCUCCCGAGUCCUUCCUGGAGGAGGCCCAGAUCAUGAAGAAGCUGCGUCACGACAAGCUGGUGCAGCUGUACGCCGUGGUGUCGGAGGAGCCCAUCUACAUCGUCACAGAGUACAUGAACAAAGGGAGUUUGCUUGACUUCCUGAAGGACGGAGAAGGACGAGGACUGAAACUUCCCAACCUGGUAGACAUGGCUGCUCAGGUGGCAGCGGGCAUGGCGUAUAUUGAGAGGAUGAACUACAUCCACAGAGACCUGCGCUCUGCUAACAUCCUGGUUGGAGACAGCUUGGUGUGUAAGAUCGCUGACUUUGGUCUGGCCAGACUCAUAGAGGACAAUGAGUACACAGCACGACAAGGUGCUAAGUUUCCCAUUAAAUGGACAGCACCGGAGGCUGCUCUCUAUGGGAAGUUCACAAUCAAGUCAGACGUGUGGUCGUUCGGCAUCCUGCUCACAGAGCUGGUCACCAAGGGCAGAGUGCCCUAUCCAGGUAUGAACAACCGUGAGGUGCUGGAGCAGGUGGAGCGAGGCUACAGGAUGCCCUGCCCCCAGGACUGCCCCAUCUCCCUGCAUGAGCUCAUGGUGCAGUGCUGGAAGAAGGACCCAGAGGAGAGGCCCACGUUCGAGUACCUGCAGGCCUUCCUGGAGGACUACUUCACAGCCACCGAGCCACAGUACCAGCCCGGGGACAACCUCUGAGUGACCCAUCCCUACCUGCCCCUGUCUCAACCAGCAGAGGGCGCCAUCACCACCACCACCUCCACCAUCACCACUCAAUCUGUUUGCAGUGAGAUGAAUGACUUGACAGACUGACAACCUAUGUCUGGUACAGGGACCCUAGCCACCGCUGCGAUGCAAAGACAACUUAGUAUCACUUUCCAACUUCCAGUUCCCUCUGAGAUUCUUUCUCGCUUUCUAACCUGACCCGCACCAUCUUCCAUUGAGAAGGAUAUGCAUUCAGUACUGACCAGACUAAGACCCAUCAAAAAGUGCUGUUUGAGGAAGCCUGGAUGAUACUAGGUUUGAAUGGGUGUGGUGGAAGGGAUGAGACAUGUUGUGUACUUGUAUUUAGUGUAAAUAUAAAAUGCUUGUUUACUUAUCCCUGUUAUUUUUUUUGUUCUGUUUACUUUUAUUUCUUUUGAUAUUUUGGAAAUGUGGGGAUUUUUUUUCAAUCCAGACCACGAUUAGUGAGAAUUAUGGUUUGUAGCGAAGUGUGCUAGUCACAGUUGAAAACGAAAAUUGUGAUUUUAAGUGUAGGAAUGAUUCUCGUUUGAAAUUGUGCAUUGGAAUAUCCCGGAAACCUCUCUCUGGGAGUCAACCAACCUUUUUUACAAGGUUGAUAAUGAUAACUCUUAUUGUCUUCUCAAGGAACUAGAUGUAUUAUAGCACCCGUUCUUGCCUUUUUAUGUUUAGUAAUACUCCUAAAAUGUAAGGGAAUGCCUUCAUGCUUUCUGAACACAAAAUGCCUAUAUUGCAUCAUGAACCUCUUUCCUCACCAGACUUGUAUGGCACCUGCACUGUCAGUGCCUCCAUCUGUAUUUGUGCUUCAGCCAAUGAUUUUGAACCAGCUUAGAGUAACCUUAGUUCAUAAUAGCAUCUUGCUGUUGUGAGGAGGGAUUGCAGCCCUUUACACACAGUGACAGAUUGUUAGGCCAAUUGCUUAUAACAAUAAUAUUUUAAAUGGUGUAUGUUUGUUGCAUAUUGUAAUGGCAGCAGGCUGUGUAAGAAUUAUGCUUUGAACAUACAGUAUGUCCUUUGCUUAUAAGGCCAAACCAACAUAAACUGCCAUUUUAAUGACUGGAAUGAAGGAUAAAUAUUUGUUUCUCAAUCAUGUGUAUUUGGAAAUAACAUGUUGUGUAUGUGAGACCAAACAAGUUAAGUUAAUGUCACUGAUACUGUCUUUAACCUCAGAUGCCUAGCCAUAGGUUCUUAACACAGUCCCAAGUAACACUUGUUGUAAUGGAUCGUGCUCUGACUGACAAGACAACCCAGAAUUUGACGCCAUCUCUUUUUGAGUAUUUACAGGUUUAUUAUUAUUGUUUUGUGGGAAGGAACUGGUCAGAGAAUCCAUAGUUUUUGCAUAAUUUAUUUAACACCGCCCAUUAGAUAUUUGGGAUAUGAUUUGGUCCCUAUGUUAUUUAUUGUCUUUGUCUCAGUUAUACACAACUGGUUUUGAAAUAAACAAC